AAUUCGCCUGCGAUCCUGUUUUUAUAUCAUUAUUAUUUGCUAAUAAAGAUAACAUUUUUGAUAAAUAUUUUUUUUUUUUGGUCACAAUAAUGGUCAUUUCUCAUUCAUAACCAAAAUUAAGUAAUUAUAUUGGUUAGGAAGCUUCAGUUUAAGGAACCAAAAAAAAAAAAAAAAGUAGGUGAACAAAAAAUGGCAGAAUAAGCCAGGCUGGUGUUGCUUUAGAAGAAGUGGGGUCAGCGGCUGGUGACGCUGGCUCCACACUCUCUCUCCGAUGACUGUUGGCGUCCAGUCAACUUUCUCUUCCUCUAGUUGUUUAUUCAAUGUUUUUCCUUUUUUUUUUUAAAAAAUUAUUUUUAUUUUUAUCUUUUUGUUGGGUUUCGCUGUUCAUACCACGAGCUCCUCCUCCUUCGCUGUUGUUUUUUUCCUUUCGCUCCUUUUUUGUUUUUUUGUUUUUGUUUUGUUUUGUUUUUUUUUUUGUUCUCUCUCAUUCUCAAUCCAAUUCAAAGGAAGAAGAAAGAAGACGACCCAAAAUUUAGGUUCCUCUUCUCCAUGGAUGCAGAGGACUUCUUCUUCGUUUCCGGCAUGCUCAGAGAUUCCACCUUAGUCAGUUUGUCAGGUUCUCAGACUAAGAACUAGGGCUUUUCAUCCGAGCGUCCUUCCCUUCAAGGAUUCGUUGUGACAAGAAUCAAAAGUUUGUUGCAGUGGGCAAGUAAGGUCAGAUGGCUGAAAAUUGGGACGGAAGUUAUGACCCUGGCAGCCAGUCAGAUGACAGCUAUCAUUUUGAGAGACUACAUAUUGAGCCAAUUUAUGAUGCAUUUGUAUGCCCUUUAACAAAACUAGUCAUGCGUGAUCCUGUUACCUUAGAAAAUGGGCAAACAUUUGAGCGCGAAUCAAUAGAAAAAUGGUUCAAGGAAUGCAGGGAGAGUGGAAGGAAGUUGGUCUGCCCAUUGACUCUGAAAGAAUUGAAAAGCACAGAUCUGAAGCCUAGUAUAGCAUUGCGAAAUACCAUUGAAGAGUGGACUGCUAGGAAUGAAGCUGCUCAGCUUGACAUGGCUCGCAGGUCACUGAAUCUGAGCAGUUCAGAAAGUGAUGUUCUACUGGCCUUGAAGUAUGUUCAGCAUAUCUGCCAAAAAAGCCGGGCAAAUAAGCAUAUUGCACGCAGUGCAGGGUUGAUACCCAUGAUUGUUGACAUGUUGAAGAGCAGCAGCCGUAAAGUCAGGUGUAAAGUUUUGGAAACUUUACGAAUUGUAGUUGAGGAAAAUGAUGAGAAUAAGGAAAUGUUGGCUGAGGGAGACACUGUUCGUACUAUUGUAAAGUUCUUAUCUCAUGAGCAGUCCAAAGAGAGGGAGGAAGCUGUUUCUUUGCUGUAUGAGCUUUCAAAAUCUGAAGUCCUGUCUGAGAAGAUUGGUUCAAUUAAUGGUGCGAUUCUUAUGUUGGUUGGAAUGACAAGUAGCAAAUCAGAGAAUAUUCUGACUGUUGAGAAGGCUGAUAAAAUGCUAGAAAAUCUAGAGAGGUGCGAGAACAAUGUGCGGCAGAUGGCUGAAAAUGGUAGACUAAAGCCUCUUCUGACACAAAUUCUUGAAGGGCCUCCCGAAACUAAACUAUCCAUGGCGAAUUUUCUUGGUGAAUUGGUUUUGAACAAUGAUGUAAAAGUCCAAGUGGCUAAAACUGUGGGUUCAUCUUUGAUCAAUAUCAUGAAAAGUGGUAAUAUGCAGUCCAGAGAAGCUGCUUUGAAAGCCUUAAACCAAAUCUCAUCUUGUGAGCCAAGUUCCAAGGUGCUGCUAGAGGCAGGAAUACUCCCUCCUCUAGUCAAGGACCUUUUUGCUGUUGGUGCUAAUCAGCUACCCAUGCGACUAAAAGAGGUCUCUGCAACAAUUCUUGCCAAUGUGGUGAACUCAGGCUAUGACUUUGAUUCCAUUCCAGUUGGAUCUGAUCACCAGACUCUAGUGUCAGAAGACAUAGUCUGUAGCCUGCUACAUCUCAUUAGCAAUACUGGCCCAGGAAUUGAGUGCAAGCUGCUUCAGGUUCUUGUUGGACUCACUAGCAGUUCCUCUACUGUUCUGAAUGUUGUGGCUGCCAUUAAAAGCUCAGGUGCCAUUAUCAGUUUGGUUCAGUUUAUCGAGGCUCCACAAAAAGAUUUGCGUGUAGCUUCUGUAAGACUUCUCCAGCACCUCUCUCCACAUAUGGGUCAAGAACUAGCUGAUGCCUUACGAGGGACAGUGGGCCAGCUUGGAAGCCUAAUUAAAGUCAUAUCAGAAAAUAUCGGAAUCACUGAAGAGCAAGCUGCAGCUGUUGGCCUCUUAGCUGAUCUUCCAGAGAGGGAUUUGGGCCUCACCCGGCAGAUGCUAGAUGAAGGUGCCUUUGAGAUUGUCAUUUCAAGAGUACUUGCUAUCCGGCAGGGGGAGACUAAGGGCAGUCGCUUUGUGACACCAUUUCUGGAAGGACUUGUUCGAGUUCUAGCAAGGGUCACAUUUGCCUUGGAAGAUGAGCCAAGUGCCAUUGAACUUUGCCGCAGGAAUAAUCUUACUGCACUAUUCAUUGAAUUCCUACAGUCUAAUGGACUUGACAAUGUUCAGAUGAAUUCUGCUACAGCCUUGGAGAACUUGUCACAAGAAUCCAAAAAUUUGACAAAAUUGCCCGACUUGCCAAAACCUGGUUUUUGUGCCUCAAUCUUUCCAUGCUUAAGUAAACAACCUGUCAUAACUGGAUUGUGUCGGCUUCACCGUGGAACAUGCUCUCUUAGAGAAAGUUUUUGUCUUUUGGAAGGACAAGCUGUGGAGAAGUUGGUAGCUCUUUUGGAUCACACAAAUGAGAAGGUAGUCGAGGCAGCACUUGCAGCACUAUCCACCAUAUUGGAUGAUGGAGUUGAUAUUGAACAAGGGGUUUUGGUCCUGUGCGAGACGGAGGGAAUCAAGCCUAUACUAGAUGUUUUACUUGAAAAUCGAACAGAAAAUCUGAGGAGGAGGGCAGUUUGGGUGGUUGAGAGAAUUUUGCGGAGUGAUGAAAUAGCCUAUGAAGUUUCUGGAGAUCCAAAUUUGAGUACUGCACUUGUUGAUGCUUUCCAGCAUGGUGACUACCGAACUCGCCAGAUUGCUGAACGUGCCUUAAAGCAUGUUGAUAGAUUACCAAACUUCUCUGGAGUCUUUCCAAACAUGGGAUAGACUUCUGUAUGAGUUUUCUUGGUGUGGUGUGCAAAGCUUCAAAGCGAAGGUAGAUAUUGUUUUAUACAGGUUUACGGCUUACCUUUUGUAAAGGAUUUUGACUAUUGUUCAUUUGUUUUUGAUUAUGCAGUUUCCAUCAAUUUAAAGAUUCUAUUCAUGAACUACAGUUAUAGAAUUAGAAUCAAGAUUGUUAAAUUUAUUCUUGUUUUUCUGCUGGA